AUGCGACUGUGGAAAUAACAGACCGACAAAGCUUCAUAGCUGGAUGACUCCAUGAAUAUUAAACACCUCAUUUAUAAGCUGCUGUUGUAUUUUUGUUUUCAAGGUACUGAAGUCAAUGGUUACUUCAUUCAUGUACGUAAUUUACUUUAUCCUAUAUAUGGUAAUUUGUCGCGAUCUGACUUGGACUUGCAAUGGACUUUAACACGUACGAACCGCAGCGGACGUGCACCAAUACUUACAGAGGAUAAAUCGACUUUCCAUACAACAUUGUUAUGAGGGACCGACUGGCUGAAUUGAAUUCAGGCAGACAAGGCACCAGUGAAGAUGGGGGUGUCACUGUGUCCAUGGAGAGAGAUGGCUUCAUGCAGGUCUUUUUCAGAAAGGUGGAGGAGGUCAGAGGUGUCAUCGAUAAGAUCUCCUCCCUCGUGAAUGAGGUGAAGAAGAAACAUAGCCUGAUCCUUACAGCUCCCAACCCUGACGAGAGAACAAAAGAAGAGCUGGAACAACUUACAGUAGAAAUCAAGAAACAUGCCAAUAUUGCCCAGACCAGCCUUAAAUCAAUGCAACAGAGUCUACCUCCAGACGACCAGGUUAACUGUGCUGCAGUGGAUGUGCGCAUUCAGAAAACUCAGUACUCUAACUUGUCUCGUAAGUUUGUGGAGGUGAUGACACAAUACAAUGAAAUCCAGGUGUCCUUCAGAGAGAAAAGCAAAAGCAGGAUUCAGAGGCAGCUGGAAAUCACUGGAAGAAUCACAACCAAUGAGGAAUUGGAAGAAAUGCUGGAGACUGGAAACCCAUCUGUUUUCACUUCUGAUAUCAUCUCUGACUCCCUGAUAACUCGUCAGGCCCUCAAUGAGAUCGAGUCAAGGCAUAAAGACAUCUUACGCCUGGAGUCCAGCAUUAAAGAGCUACAUGACAUGUUUAUGGACAUGGCCAUGCUUGUGGAGACUCAGGGUGAAAUGAUUGACAACAUUGAAAAAAAUGUAAACAAUGCAGUGGAAUACACAUGCCAUGCUAAAGAACAGACCAAGAAAGCUGUGAGGUACCAGACACGGGCCCGCAGGAAGUACAUAAUUCUUGCUCUUAUUAUCUUGGUCGUGCUUGCUGUGGUUACACUUAUUGUUGGUUUGUCUGUGGGCUUGUCUGCAAAAACCACCACUAACUCCGCCACCUCCUCAUCUGCUGCAGCCAAUCCUGUUUAACCAUUAUUUCCAAGAAAAUGGUCCAUAUUGCCAUUUGUGGAGCUGUGCUCAUCAUCCUAUUUGUCAUCAUCAUCAUCAUCAUCAUCAUUGGAGUUUACAUUGAUUAGUCACCUACAGCAAAGAACUAUGUUCUUCCCUUUGACGUUAGGGCACAGUAUUUUUAAUAUUUCCAAUAUCUUACUGCAUACAAAAUGUCGAAACUCACUGAGUACAUAUGAAUACAUAAAUAAAACUUUAUUACCUGUGAAUUGUGUAGAAGUUGGCACUGAUUUCUGGUUCAAGACCGUCCUUUUUGACUGAUUUUCACUUGACUUAAAUGCUUUGCCUCUUCAUAACAAUGAGAGGUAAUUAUCUCAAUCUUUUUAUUUAUUUAAUGCUGUCAUACUGAUUUUUGCACAUGUAAGUAAUGUUUUGUAAUCUUAUAACAUGUAACCUUAGUUACGACAUGUGCCUUGGGAGAUCUGACUGAAUAAUGUGGAGUCAAACAGAGUCUAAAAAAGUGCUCAAGAUAUAUUUUUGCCUAAGGAAAGUGUCUAUAGGGAGAACAUAUUUGAAAGUACUUCUUAAGGAGGAGGAGAGUGUUUGCACUCAAUUAUCAAGGGUUCAGCGUAGUUUCUUUCGGCUUAUAUUCUGGUUUGACAGUGAUGUUUGGUAUGAAAUCACACCCCCCUCUGUAUUGAACAACUGGCUCCACACAAUAUGACGUCAGAUCUCUGAGCAACGUUAAUAAAAACAUGUUUUAAUCACUUAAUGAUGUUAGCUUUUUGGCUUACAUAUGAUUGUUUCUGACAGGAAUGUAACCAUGGAACAAAUGUUCACACAGAGUAUUGCAAAAUAAAUAUGAGUUGCUUACUGCUCAA